AUGGGAACCUUCGAUCUGUGGACUGACUACCUGGGCCUGGCCCGCUUGGUGGGUGCUCUGCGUGAGGAAGAAGAGCCCGAGGUCAGCCUGGCCCCCCAGCCAGAGCCCAUCCCCGGGAAUGGGCCUCCGAGGCCCUGCCCGGAGGCCUCCCCGGUACCUGAGCGCCUGUGUUCCUUCUGCAAACACAACGGCGAGUCCCGGGCCAUCUACCAGUCGCAUGUGCUCAAGGAUGAGGCGGGCCGGGUGCUGUGCCCCAUCCUCCGUGACUACGUGUGCCCCCAGUGCGGCGCCACCCGUGAGCGCGCCCACACCCGCCGCUUCUGCCCGCUCACCAGCCAGGGCUACACCUCCGUCUACAGCUACACCACCCGCAACUCUGCCGGGAAGAGGCUGGCACGGCCCGACAAAGCCCGGAUGCAGGACGCGGGUCACCGCCGAGGAGGGGCAGCUGCCGGAGGUGAAGGUCCCCGAGGAGCCGGCAAGCCUUCUGGACAUCCUGGACCCUCUUCCUGCUGUCCCUCCACUUCCACCUAGGAGGCCGCGGCGGAGAGCCGGGGCUGCCACCUUGGCUGGGGCAGGGGGCUCCAGGCUUGCUGGAGGCUGGGUUUCUGGGACCUGCCCCCCUCCUCGGCCCUCUGCCUGGGGGUCUGGGGAGGGAUGGGGUGACCGGCAGAGUCUGUG